AUGCCCCGGCGGUGUGCGCGUACAAUUGAGCGCGCAUGCUGCACGUUUGCAACCUACAUACCGCUUAUAUUUGUCUACGGGUUGACGACGUGGGCUAUCUGGGUGGUGGUUGAGAUUGGCACAGUUCCUCCCAAGGGGAGUUGGUUAGGCACAACAUCAUCCGCCAUCGGCGUCAUCAUAUACCUACUCCUAAACUGGUCCUACACCACCGCCGUCUUCACCGACCCCGGGUCGACGACAAACCGCGCUGGCUACGGCCUCCUCCCGACAUCCUCGCGUGACCACCCACCCGCCACGUCCUUCACCGUCAAAAGUAACGGCGAGAUACGGUUCUGCAAAAAAUGCCAAGCCCGCAAGCCAGACCGCGCGCACCACUGCUCCACGUGUCGUCGGUGCGUGCUCAAGAUGGACCACCACUGCCCCUGGCUAGCGACCUGCCUCGGUCUCAGGAACUACAAAGCCUUCCUGCUCUUCCUCGUAUACACCACUAUCCUGUGUCUGUACGCCUUCGCCGUCAGCGCCACGUGGGUGUGGUCCGAGGUCAUUGAGGAAGAGGUCCAGCAGCUAGAUGCCCUGCUGCCGGUCAACUUCAUCGUGCUCAGCAUCCUCAGCGGCAUCAUCGGCAUAGUGGUGGGCGUCUUUACGGGCUGGCACGUCAUGCUUGCGGCCAAGGGCCAAACCACGAUUGAAUGCCUCGAGAAGACGCGGUACCUCUCGCCGUUGAAGCAGCCGUACCGCGCGGCGCACAACCCCGCCAACAGACUACCUCAGGCGGCGCAGCAGUUUGUAGAUUUUCACACGAAUGCCUUACCGGGGAUAACGAGGCCGGAGGAAGGAGAGGAGCGCAGACCGAGCAACGACUACAAUGGGCCGCGGGAAGUGCAGCUGUCGUACCACGAACACGAGAGACUGCAGUCCCGCCGUCGGUACGAAGAGUACCUCGACGAGCAGGAUUCCACGAAGCUCCCCAGCGCGUUCGAUCUCGGCUGGAAGAGAAACCUGCGCCACCUGCUCGGUCCGAACGCCUACCUCUGGGCGCUCCCGAUAUGCAACACCACCGGCGACGGAUGGUCGUGGGAACCUAGCCCCAAGUGGCUCGAAGCACGGGAUCGCAUCAAGCGCGAGAGAGAAGAGCAGCGCGCACGAGAAAUAAGCGCCGGCUGGGGCGGCCACGAAGAGGAAAUGUACGCACCGCCACCGAGAACCUCCAACGGCCCAGUCCGACCGCCCAGCAAGGCAGAUAGGAUACUAGGUCGUGACCCCAACUUAUACGCCGACGGAUCGCAGGGCCUUCAAAUGCAGCGUCUCUCUACGCGCGGCAAAAACCUCGACGAUGACCUCUUCGACACGGAUGACGAAGAUGGAAAGACGUUGGUUUCUGAACAGACAAAUUCCGAACCGAGGACAAGGACCUUUGAUGCUAGUAAGGCGUGGAGGGGCGGCGCAAGCGGCGUCCUUAGAAAGAGUAACAGUCCUGCUGCUGUGGGUGGUGUGUUUGAAGACCAAGGUGUAGAUUAG